AUGAUGCACCCGUCGAGACAAGCGUACGUCGAGGAGGCGGCGGACGCCGACAUGGGCAUCGACCUGGCGAACCUGCCUGUGGACCAUGAUUAUGAACUCCCCUCUGCGGCGGCUGGCAUCCCGCCUGAACGAGCUUCGGCCAUCUUGUCUCAAUUCGAACGAAAGCGAAGGGCUGCGGCCAUGGCCGUUCCCACUGACGACAACCGAGUACGCGCACGACUACGAGAACUAGGCGAACCGAUCACAUUGUUUGGCGAAGGCCCCGCGGACCGGAGAGACCGACUGCGGGAGUUGUUGACCGAUCUUGCGGACCGACAAGCAGCGGCAGCAGCAGAAGGCGAUGUGGAGAUGCUAGAGGCAGCGGGCGAAGGGGAGGAGGGAGGAGAGGAGGCCGAACAGCAGGAGGAAUUCUACACCGAGGGCACCAAUGAUCUCUUACAGGCCCGGAAGGAUAUUGCGCGCUUCUCUUUACCGCGCGCAAAGGCGCGCGUGGCCCGACUGAAAGACGAAUCGACUAUACCCCUGCGGACGCAUAUAAAACAUCGCAAGGCGAUCAAAGAGAAGCUACACAACUUCAAUCUCUACGGGUCCCAAAUUGCAGGCGACCGCCCUGUCAGUAUUUGCCGCUUUUCUCCCGACGGACAGACGAUCGCCACCGGAAACUGGGGCGGUGGGAUUCGGUUGCUUACGGUGCCCAACCUCGAGGAGAAACUCUCUAUUCAGGCCCAUAAGGACCGGGUCGGUGGACUGUCAUGGUUCCCGGGGGCUACACUGCCUGGGUCCAAUGUCUCGGAAUCGACGGUUAACUUGGUGUCAGGAGGAGGGGAGGGGGAUGUAAGCUUGUGGUCCUUGAACAAUGACAAACCCUUGGCUACACUGUCCGGUCACAUCGGUCGUGUCUGCCGGACGGAGUUUCACCCGUCCGGUCGGUACGUUGCCUCUGCCUCUUUCGAUACCACGUGGCGAUUGUGGGACGUUGAAACGACGACCGAGCUGUUAUUGCAAGAGGGACAUUCCAGGGAGGUGUAUACGGUAGCAUUCAACAAUGAUGGCUCGCUCCUGGCGAGUGGCGGAUUGGACAGUAUUGGGCGAAUUUGGGAUCUCCGGACGGGCCGCACGGUCAUGAUCCUGGAGGGACAUAUUCGGGAGAUCUUUGGACUGGACUGGGGGGUGGAUGGAUACCGGGUGCUCUCUGGAUCCGGUGACGGAUGGGUCAAGUGCUGGGAUCUGCGCCAAGUCCGGAACAGCGGUGGAAUCGGAGCGCACAAGAGCGUGGUGUCCGACGUCCGAUGGUACAAGGGCUCCGAGUCGGCGUCGUAUCUGCCCUCGGCGGAGGGUCGCAUGGACGUGGACGGGGCCCCGCCAGCGAGUGAUACGCCUGCUCCUGUGCAACCCAAGAAGUCGGGCACUUUCUUUGUCAGUAGUGGAUUCGACAAGAACGUCAACAUCUUCAGCGCGGAUGACUGGUCGUUGGUGAAGACCCUGAGCGGACAUGCGGGCAAUGUUCUGAGCACAGAUAUCAGUGCAGAUGCGCAGUGGAUUGCCAGCUGUGGGCAUGAUCGCACGGUGAAACUGUGGGGGAUUGAAUGA